AUGGAGGAGCAGCAACAAGGCAACCCAAUGGAGGAUGAGGAACGUUCGUCCAGUGGGAAGGACGACGAAGUUAAGGAUGACCAAUCGGUGAAUCCGUCAGGUGAAGAAGCGCAACCCGUGGACACCCCCCCGAGCGGCAAAAAUGACCAGAAGGGAGAAGCCGAGAGGAAGAGGAAACAUGCGGUGGAAGGCAAAGCCGCGACGAAACCCUUAGGAGAAGGGAACCAACUAAGUUUAUACGUACAGAUGAAGAAAUCCAAAACGAAAGUGGGCAGCAACGGGGGGAGGGAAGGCCCGAGUGCUGACGUGGAGGUUUCCCCGAGUAGUGAAGAGGAUCAGGUGGAGGAUGACGUAAUUGAGGAGGACGACGACCUGGUGGGGCAACCGCCCAGUAAAGAGGGAAAAAAAAAGAAAAAGAAAAAAGAGAAGAAGCAGGAGACGCAGCCAGAAACGCUCUCAGAGGGGAACUCCAACUCUCCCGCGGCAGCGGACGAGGUGAAUCCGUCCGAUUACGAAAGACUCCUGGCGUCGGAAAAAAACAACAGCGCCAUAUGGGUGAGCUACAUAGCCUACCACCUGGAAAGGGGCAGCCUGGAAGAAGCCAGAAAAACAGCAGAAAGAGCCCUGAAGACGAUAGAUAUACACAAAGUGGAGGAAAAGAGAAACAUCUUCUUCUGCUACAUAAAUAUGGAAUGCACAUAUGGAGACAAGUUAAGAGAAGUGUUCAAAAGAGCUCUCCUUUGUUGUAAUGAGAAGAAGGUAUACAUCCACACAAUGAAUGUGCUAAAGAUAAAUAAAAAAUAUAAUCAGUUGAAACAAUUAAGUGAAGAAGCGAUAAAAAAAUUUCACUACUCCAAAAAGAUAUGGUCGAAUUAUUUAGAAAUUAUACACAGCACGUUUAAAGAUGAGGCAUAUGCACACGAAAUUCUGUUAAAGUCUCUACAUUGUUUGGCGAAAAGAAAACAUCUACGUAUGGUAAUAAAUGCUGCGAGGUUUGAAUAUAAGUAUGCCAAUAAAGAAAGAGGGAAAAGUUAUUUUGAAAAAUUAAUCCAAGAAUAUCCAAAGAGGUCAGAUGUUUGGUUUACUUACCUUGACAUUCACAUCAAUUCUUUAACCAGAGGUGAAACAAAAGGAGAAAAAAAAAAAUUGAAUUUAAAUCAACUUCAGUUUGUUAGAAAUAUAUUUGAAAGGUUUUCUUCGUGUAAAUUUAAGACAAGAGUGAUGAAAAUGAUAUUCACCAAGUGGCUCUUAUUCGAGAAGAACCAUGGCACCGUUACCAGCCAGAAGAUGGUUCAGAAGAAGGCCUAUGAUUACGUUGAGAGUUUGAACGCGCUUGCUUGA